GCAAAUAAAUCUCAAUUUAAAAAAUUCAAAUGAUUGUUUCCCAUUUUACCUCUUCCUGUGGUUCCAGUAUAUGCAGUUGUUUUGUUUCUUAUCUCUGCUUCUCUGCUUCUCUGCUUCUCUCCUGCAUCGUCUCCCUCCUUCCAUCUCAAAAGAAGAAGGCAAAAAAGAGCUUCUUCUGUUCAUUACCUUCUAUGUAUUUUCUCCUUUCAGCUGUUGUUGUUCAGGAUUUUGCAGCUUGAACCACUAGAUUCUAUUGUGUUUUCUACUUCUGUGUAUGCAUAUAUGCAUAUAUAUUGUAUGUAUAGAUUGAGGUUUUUAAAGUAAGAGAGUUCUUUUCUUUUUUUUUUUUUUUGGAUUCUGGUUCUUGGAAAUCUGAGUUUCAAGUUUUCCCCGGGCUUGGAGGCUCGGGAUCCGGAGAGCAGAUGGCUGUGGAGGAGAAUUGGAUUACCGGGGUACCGGAACAGAACUCAUGCUAUCUGCAGAAAUUCAGACUCUAUGAGACUUGCUCGGUAUUUUUUUUUUCUUUGUUUGUUUCUCAAUCUAAUUAUAUGCAACUAGAGACUUGUAAUAUAUGUAUGUAAUUAUGUGAAUGAAUAUGAAAAUUUUGU